GAAUCCCUUUUCUCUCUGCAUUUCUAAUUUUUCUGCAUUCCUCGUGUUCUUCACCGUAGAGCUCCAUCACUCUCACUGUUCUCCACUCUUCAACCGCCACCAACUCAAACUCACUCCAACCAAACCUACGCCACUCUCUUCCACGCAUGCGCUCGCCACCACUGCCUCCAACAAGGCCUCUCUCUGCACCAUUACAUGCUUGCCCACAACCCCAUCACUCCUCCAGACCUCUUUGUCUCCAACCACCUCAUCAACAUGUGCUCCAAAUUCGGCUACCUAGACCACGCCCGCCAACUGUUCGAUGAAAUGCCCAGAAGAAACCUCGUCACCUGGACCGCUCUCAUUUCCGGGUACGCACAGCGGGGUCGGGCUGUAGCUUGUUUUCGUUUAUUUGCUGCCAUGUUGGCGCAUUACCUCCCGAAUGAGUUUGCAUUUACCAGCGUGCUUAGUUCGUGAUGGUGGAUAUGGCCGGCAGGCACACGCCCUCGCUUUGAAAAUGUCUUUGGAUGCUUGCGUUUACGUUGCGACUGCUCGCAUUACCAUGUAUAGCAAGGUGUGCGAUCAUGGAGGUGUGUUUGAUGUUAGUAGAGAUGAGGCGUGGAAGGUGUUUCGAAGCAUGGACUCCCGGAAUCUUAUAUCCUGGAAUUCCAUGCUCUCAUUUACCACCAGUGAUCACCAAAUUUUGUUAUCACACUGAAAAAGAAAAGGAAAUUCAAAACAUCUUCAUUUCUUCCAUGCUAAAAAAUGGCGUGGUUCACAAGACAUAAACUAUUUCAAAUAGCAUGCAGACAAAUAGCUAGCCGGCAUGAUAAGGAUCACAAAAGAUGCUCUGGUGUUGGGACGUUGCUUAUGAGAAGGGUAACGAUGGGUUACACUCAUCAAAGACCCUCUAUCAGUCUUAUGUCGCCGUAGCCUAUCCGCCAACCAACAGUUUUUUCUGGUUGGCUAGAUCUACAAGACUACAAGAGGCUGAGGGAGAGUUUCAGUCUUAAAUAGUAGGGGUUCAAACAAUGACGUCAACUUGGUCUCCCCGUCGACGAUGGAAAUACGAUGUUUUUUUAAGCUUCAGAGGGAAAGAUACCCGCGACACUUUCAUCUGCCAUCUGUAUUAUUGUGCACUAACUGCAAAAGGAAUUAUAACCUUUUUAGAUGACGAAAGCCUGGAGAGAGGAUCAAUCAUUGGCCCAUCACUUUCUACAGCAAUUGAGGACUCAAGAUCGGCCCUUGUCGUUUUUUCAGAGAAUUUCGCUUCUUCAUCCUGGUGCUUGGAUGAACUCUCCAAGAUUCUUCAAUGCAGGGAGGAGAGGGGACAAAUAAUCUACCCAAUCUUCUACCAAGUGGAUCCUUCUGAUGUGCGCAAGCGAAGGGGAAGUUUUCAGCUCCAUACAGUAGAGGUAAGGGAACAUGAAGAAGUUUAUGGGAAUAAGGACAAACUAAAGGAGUGGACAGAUGGUUUGAGAGAGGUGAGCAGGAUUGCUGGGUGGGAUUCAAGUACAUAUGAGGAUGACGGAAAAAUGAUUGAGCACAUUGUUACGCGGUAGGUGAUACUUAUACCUCUUCAAGUGUUGACAAGGGCUUCAUAGGAAUGGAUUCCCGCAUUGAUGAUUUAUUAAGCAAUUACAUAUGUCCGCAGCUUGGUGGGGUGCGUUUUAUAGGGAUCCAUGGCAUGCGGGGCAUAGAGAAAAGUCUGAAAAGGAUGGCCUUGUUUCUCUACAAGAAAAACUACUUUCCAGAAUCCUGAUGACAAAAAUUGACGUUGAGGAUGAAUAUGCAGGGGCUACUAUGAUAGAAAAGAGGUUAUGUAAACUAAAGGUGCUUGUUGUUAUUGAUGAUGUGGAUCGCUCCAAUCAAUUAGAUAAAUUGGCUGGAAAUCGGGACUGGUUCGGUCGAGGGAGUAGAAUUAUUGUAACCACCCCAGAUAUUCAUUUGCUAAGGGGACAUGAUGUUGAUGCUACAUACAAGGCUACUGGGUUAACUGAUGGUGAAGCUAUUCAACUAUUGAGUUUAAAGGCUUUCAAGAAGAGCUUCCCACCAGAAGAUUAUUUGGACUUGUGCCACCAUAUUUUAGGGUAUGCUCAGGGGCUUCCGUUGGCUCUUGUGGUUUUAGGUUCUUUUCUAUUUGGUAGAAGCACCAAUGAAUGGGAAAGUACAAUAGAGAGACUAAACAAUACAUCAAAUAGACAAGUUAUGGAUGUGCUUCAGAUCAGUUUUGACGGACUAGAGGAAAAAGACAAACAGAUAUUCCUACAUAUUGCUUGUUUGUACAAGGGGAAGGACAGGGAUCGUGUGACGCAAAUACUAGACUACCAGCUAAACCCUGGCAUUGGUUUAAGUGUUCUUGUUGAUAAAUCUCUCAUUACUAUCUUUAACAACAAACUGUUGAUGCAUGAUUUGCUACAAGAAAUGGGCUUGGAAAUAGUUCGUCGGCAGUCCCCUGAAAAGCCAGGUAAACGAAGUAGAUUAUGGUUUCCUGAAGAUAUCCACAAGGUGCUGAAGAAAAAUAAGGGAACAGACAAAAUCCAAGCCAUUGUAAUGGACUUGCCUGAGUUAGAAGUGGCUCAUUGGAAACCAGAAGCCUUUUCAAAUUUAUCUGAACUCAGUCUUCUCCAUAUUCGUAAUGUGGAGCUUCCUGAAGGCCUCACUUUUCUAUCUAAUUCCUUGAGACUCCUUGAAUGGAGUGGGUACCCCUUAAGAUCCCUCCCACAAAACUUUGAACCACACGAACUUGUUGAACUUAACUUGUGCCACAGCAACAUUGAGCACCUCUGGAAAGGAGCAAAGAAUUAUGACAAGUUAAAGUUCAUCAAACUAUGCCAUUCUCAAAAAAUUGUCCAGACCCCAGACCUCACAGGCGUUCAAAAUCUUGAAGGAUGUAAGACUUUGGUAAUACUUCAUCAAUCCGUUGGACAACUCAAAAGGCUUAUUCUGUUGAAUCUUAAAGAUUGCGAGAGUCUCGAGAGCUUGCCAAGUAAGAUUGAAAUGGAAUCUCUUGAAACUUUAAUUCUUUCUAACUGCUCAAAAGUUAAAAAGAUUCCCGAGUUCGCUGGAAAUAUGGAGCAUUUAUCAAAGCUUUAUCUCAAUGAGACUGCCAUUGAAAAACUACCUGUGUCAAUUGGACGCCUGAGUAGCCUUGCUUCUCUGAAUCUGAGCAAUUGCAAAAUCUUGUUUGCCUUCCAAGCACCUUUAGUAGAUUGGAGUCUCUUGAAAAGCUUAAUCUUUCUGGAUGUUUGAAACUUGGCGAACAGGAUAGUGCAAGGGAGAAUGGUGCAAUUAGAGCUUCUUUAAAUCAUCUUACAAAACGUUGUUGUGAGGUUGUUGGGAAAUAUUUGUCAUGGUACUUGCCACCUAGAACCACUGAGUAUUCAGUUGUCUGUAUCUGAUCUGUGUUAUUCUACAGAGCAAAAUGCAAACACAU